AUGAACGACGCAUCUGAAGAGCUGAAGAAAUUGCUCGAGUCCCAUGAGUCAGCCAUCACCACGAUCGACUACUGCAUGGAAGAUUUAUGCGAAGCGUUGGAGUGCGCCAGGAUGGAAAUUGAACGGAUCGAAGAGGAGAGAAAGUAUUUGGUCGACCUCGAGUAUCGCAUCCAACGCCUGAGAUUCGGACCCGAGCAUGAGACGUCUACCCUUUGGGCUUGGACCCUCCAACACAACUUCUUCACCAGCACCUUCGGGGUCUCACCGAGCGACAAAGGCUACGACUGGGACGCCCCUUCAGCUGGUGUUCCGAUCUCCGCUGAAUUCCUCACCUCGAUGACGCAACCCUCUCUUGUCGAGCCCAAGCGAAGCGACAGAAUGCCCAGCAGCGCGCUCGAGUGGACGCUCCACCGCAUCGCCUAUGAGGUGAACGUCGUCAACGGCAUUGAUGCCUGCAUGACGUACGUGCAGUCUAGAGCCGCACUGAACUACAACUUGGAAGGGAGACGUGCCAGACUCUCAGGAAUGCCGGACUUCACUGUGAUCUCCCGCAGACGUAACCGUCGCCCCCGGGUGCACUUCGUGGUCCUGGAGAGGGACAGGCCGAUGACUUCGAAUCCGGACACGGAGCUCCUAGCCUACCUGCUCAUGGUUGUCCAAGCCCGGCGAGACGCGAGCGAGCUGGAGCGUGUCGUCUACGGCCUGGCCACCGACGGGGACACCAUGUACCAAUACACAACCAGACCCUACAAGGGUGCUGGGUUCGGUCGUGAUAUCAUCACGAUUAUCUGGAAGAUCUUCAUCGAAGCCCGACACGUGGUGCCACACCCAUUUGGCUGGGGGUUGGAUGAAGACUCUAGUGGCACGGAAGGUGGUUCCGACGAGCAUGUUCGGACGAAGGAUUAG